AUGUGGCUUUUGGCCGGAUUUGGUAUGAUGGCUUUGGCUGCAGGUGAGACAUACCGUGGUGUCACCAAUGUUGUGUUUGACGAUGUCAACCAAGCUUUUGGGAUCCUUGCCGGGCACAUAAGUUGGACACCUCCAUCCGACAUGACAGAUGUUGACGGUUACCGGUUUCUGAUCACGACUAAUGCUGACGGCGGCAUUGUCUAUGGUGGGACUCCGGAUCUAUCGAGGCUGAGAGAACUGGAGCAUCCAGGCCUUGGAGGAGUUCUUCCUCGUACCUACACCAACUUCACGCUUGCAGAGACUCUCCGCCAGGCAAUAACUUAUGCCCCUGACAUCACGCCCCCACGCUACUUGCAAGUUUACACCAUCAUCGAUGGACAGUGGCAAUACGCUUCGGAGCUUGCCCCUUCUGCCAUCAUCCCGAUCUAUGACCGCGGCGGGAACUUCUCCACCCUCCCGUUUGAGACCCAGCACGUGGUAUUUGCAGAUGCAGAUCCUCGCUGUGGGUACGUUGGAGGAGGCCUUUCGUUCGUGGUCCCCUCCGAUGCUGACUUCACUUACAUCAGCUCCUGGAGAGUUUAUUUUGCAGAGGAUCCCAUGGGCACGAAUCCGACAUCCACCGUAGAGCUGCCGUUUGCGCUCAGCAACUUCUUCAAUGUCUCUGACUACAUCGGCUCUCGGUCAGUCUUAAUUAUUGCCGGCGCCACUGACACUGGAGACAUCACGCUGUCCAUAGCCAUAGACGACGCAUGCAGUAACACGACAAUCACUACAAGCUCCUCCCCUGGCUCCUCCCUUCCCCUCCCUGGCAACACAUCCGUCGGAGAGUCAAACGCGACGAUAGCCGCCGUUCCCCAGGUUGGGUGGCUCUUGGCCUCUGGAGUUGCUCCGCCUGAGCGGAACAGCCAUGCGUCUGCCCUGGAUGAUGGCCGCUUCUGGGUUUUCGGAGGAGCCGAUUACGAGGGCAGGGAGAAGAGUGACCUCUGGCACUACACGGUUGAGGCCGCCUGGACGUUGGUCGAUGAGGGCUCCGGGCCCUCCGCGCGUUCGUUGCACUCCGCUGCCGCGGCCGCAGGGCGCUUCUGGAUCUUCGGAGGUACUCAAUUUUCCACAGGGCUUGUUCUGGGCGACCUUUGGUACUUUGAGGGCGAGGCCUGGGUGCAGGCGGAUGCGGGGUCUGGGCCGUCCCCGCGCUUCAGCCACUACUCAGCCAUGGCUCCGAACCGCCUCUGGGUCUUCGGAGGCGGAGGAAGUGACUUCAGUGUUCUGAGUGACCUCUGGCACUUCACUCCGGAUGUGGGCUGGACGAGCCUCCCAGGUUCGGAGACCUGGCCGUCGCCGCGCUAUUACGGUGCCGCGGAAGCGGACUCUUCCGGGCGUUUCUGGAUCUUCGGAGGAGCGAACGCUGGCCAUCAUCACUUCAAUGACCUGUGGCACUUCACGGUUGAGGCGGGCUGGACUCUGGUGGAUGCUGGCUCCGGCUUCGCACCCUCCGCACGAGGAGGCUGCAGUUCUGCCAUGGAUGCGGCGGGACGCUUCUGGCUUUUCGGAGGCUAUGAUGCUGAUGCGUUUUUCGAGGAUCUCUGGUACUUCAUGGAGGCCUGGUUCUGGGCGGACAGCCCUGGCCUUUGGCCUGGUGCACGGACUUUGCAUUCCUCGGCCAUGGACGCUUUGGGCCGCUUCUGGCUCUUCGGAGGCACCAACGGGACCAACUUCGGCUCCUGCUGCACCAUGAACGACUUGUGGUACUUCGGUCCCGAG